AUGUCGCAGAGUCAAUUGUUAACGGAGUUGACUAAAGUACGGUGGAAUGGUAACCCGAAGGAAUACACGGACCGGUUUGCGGCUGUAGCGGAGCGUGGUUUGGGUCUUGCCCCCGACGAACUCGCCGACUACUACUGCACCGGGCUACCGACGGACCUCCAUCUUCUAAUCACCAAUAACGGGCAGGUGAAGUAUCAGUCGUGGGAACAAGGGGCGACAGCCGGAGCACCCCUCUACGAGCCCAAGCAGAGCAUGCUGGAGCUCCGAGAAAGGACCACUCGAGCCAAUAGGGCUGCUAUCCAAGCUAAUGGACUCCGUGGGCGCCAGGAAAUUGAAAAUCGCUCUGGGGGAACGCAGACGAACUACUUUGCGUGUCAGAGACGCGGACAUGCGGCACGUAUUUGCCCCAGCAAAGGGGAACGUACCAAACGUCGGGGGGAAAUAUGCAAGAAGUGUGGCGGUGUGCGAUACUAUGGUCGGGACUGUCCUACGGACUCAGCCCUUUCGGAAAUGCGGUGGGAGUCUGGAUCGGCGUCGAUCCUGAGUGAAGAGGCUCCGGGCGCGACGACGGCUAGCAGCAGGAAGUCUGCAGAGGCAACAGAAGACGGCUACAGGCCAGACGCAACAGAGAUUGCUCCACACUGGUGGCGGGAAACUUGCACGAAAGAGUCUUACGACCAAGGGGGAGCAUUGUGCUAUGUGGGUGCGACGGCAGUGCUUCGUGUUGAGCUCGCAGGGAGUCCAUGUGAGGCCCUCGUGGACACUAGGGCUUCGAGAAGUUUCGCUAGUCCCAAAACAGUCGAACGACUGUAG